GAACAUUGUUUGGUGUAAUGACGAGCGCGACGGACCGAAAGCUGUUCGUUGAACAACCCUGUGCGGGCGGUGACGGCGAAGCCCUGUACAGCGUACACUAAAACAAUCGUGCUUUUUUAACUGUAUAAACCACCGGUGUCACGUCGACAGUAACAUUUUUAUACAUUUCUCGAUUGCAGUGUAUCUGAUAAUUUCCAUUUUACGGUAUCGCCGACGGCGGGUGUAUGUGUGUGUGUCGCCCGUGAUAUGCCUGUCAGCGCGACAAUGGCUACGGGCGGAUUUCAGACUGUGAUCGUUGUGGGCAAAAACGGCUGCCGUCAUCGCUUCAAUUCGUCAAGUAACUACAGUGUAUCGACUGCGACUCGGUUUACCUCCGUUGCCGACAUUCGCCAUUGAAUCCGAGUUGAAUAUUUUCAAUUAAAUCGAAUAACAAAAACUUGAUUUGACCUUAGUAGAGCUGGCACUGUGUACCCAAAUACCUCCGGCAAUAACAUCAUUUCAUUUUCACAUGGAGAAUAUCAGCUGAAAAAAACAAGAUGUCUUGACAAUGAUCCAAAUGGCGGCAAUAUGAGACCCUUACCGCCGGGUCACGAUGGAACCGAUUACUGUAAAAUUCGCAGAGACUAUCGGAACCAAAACGGUGGCGGAGGAACGUUGUACCGUUCGACGGCAGCAUUGCUGGAACCGCCACCGCAGUCAGAACGGUACCAUGGCACCAUCGAGGGCCACUACCGUGUUCACGACCUGGCGCUGGACCGAUACGUGCCACCCCCGUCCCCCGAAAGGUAUUCGGGCAGUAGUAACAGCAACCACACCUCAGCGGGUAGGUCGUAUGGGCCAUCCGACGACAGGUACACGUGUCACGGUCCGCCCAAUCGCAGCAAUUACUUACCAGUGUCGCAAAGCACGUCUGAAAGUUUCAUGUCACCGCCGUCGCCGGUGGUCGAACGGUUCGACUACGCCGGACGUCACCACGAUAGCUACGCCAAACGUAACGAAUCCAUUUAUGCGAGAUACCAACCGACUGAACGUUUUGUUCCAAUUGUUUCUCCUGACGAUGGUUACGACGGCCACUACGACCGUUGUGACGACGUGUACGGGACUAGAAAAGACACGUCUGCGUAUACGAGGGCGUCGUCCAUCGUGGAUGCGUUGCAGCCGUCUUCGGCCGCGUUGUCUAGGGCGUAUGCGACAGCCACCAUGAGGUCGUCUAACCGCUGCUGUACGGGUUCGGUGUACAGCAGCGGCAUCGCGAGUGUCGGCUGUGGCUACCAAUAUGCCAACAGCCGGGCUCGAUCGCCAAGAGACCUAUCGCCGACCGGUCUGGUACAGCACCAGACCGGUCACAUGUCUUCCUCCACAGGGUCCUCGCCGCCCAAGGGUCCGAACAGCAACAAUUUGUGUCUACUCCAAUACGAUUCGCACACGGCCACGUUACCGCGUUGUGGUAGUGCUAACAUUAUUUGUUCCGGUCCGAGUCAUUUUGACGCGUACGGCAAUGCCGCGCCAAGACGGAUUUCGACUUCAUGCAUCAGGGAAAGCACUGCGCUGGCAUGUUGUUCGUCGACCGCCUAUCCUAGCCAAGCCGUUAUGUCCAAUGUAAAAAAUUCUACAAACCUCAAUCCACCAGCCUCAAGUCAUAAUUAUUUAAGCCAUAACGCUCAGUGUUCAAGUACAGCUCAACCAAACAACAAUCUAACGUGGAAAACUGGAUACAAUAAAGGUUUGGCCAAUCAAGUUCAAACAAAUUCUAGAUCACCUCCACUCUCUAUAACAUCAAGUCCUGGAUCCAUUCAGUCAUCUAGCAGUUCAAGUAGUGGAGUUCAUUCAGCACCACCUAAUAUGGAGUUAAACCCUGAUCGAAAACAUGAACCUCCAUCAAGAACUAUGUCAGCACCUGUACCAAGUAUACCACAUCAAUCAUCUUCCACUGAGGUUACAACUGAUAAUUCAGAAGAAACUGCUAGUACUUGUACAGUACCAGCAAAUAGUGGUUCAGAUCAACCUAAUAGCCCACCAGGAGAGACUGUGCAACAACCAACACUUGUUCAUCAUCAAACUUCAUUACCUAUAUUAUCUUCUGAAAUUUUUAACAAGCCACAUACAUUUCAUAAGUCUAUUUCUAGGACUGAUGCCAUUAAAAAAUUUGUCAAAAGAGAAACAGCAAUGUUUUUUGGAUUAGAUGAGGAAUAUGAAGAGAUUGAAAAACUAAAAUGGUUAGAUAGAAGAAAACGUCUUGCAACUAGGAAAUAUGGUGAAUUAAAACCAGAAUUUGCCUCUUCUAUACAUGAUACUCCUAUUGCUCAAGUUUCUCAACCUGAUGUUUUACAAUCAAGUCGUGAUAUUGACGAAAGGGAUAGCAGUGCUAUUCGUGUUCAGCCUUUAGGCAGAAAACCAUCAGUUGCCAAAUUAACUUUAGAUGGAUUAUCAUAUGCAAUUUCAAAAACUUUGAGUCGUAAAAAAAAGAAAACUGUAUCAAUAUCAGGUGAAUGGUCUAGAAGUUAUCCAUCAUCUGUCACACAUGAAACUUCUUCAUUAGAUUCACCAUUGGUUGAUGAUGUGUUUUUUGAUCGCAUAUCAUUAGAAAAUAAUGAUCAAGGGGUGGAUCAAGAAGUUGUGGAUUCUGGUAGCAACUAUGAACCUUCUAGUAGACAUUAUUAUAACAAACAAAAUCAGAAUUUUGGGAGAUAUUCUAACUGGCAGAGAAAUCCAUCUCAAAGAAUAGAAGAUGAUCAUAUGCCUAAUAUUGGCAUGGGAAGAAUUUGGGGUAGGGUAUUAGAUCGUGCAUUUGAUAAUUCUGACAGACGUCAAUAUGGAAUGGGUGUAAUAGGAAGAUUGUUCAGACGAUCUUUUAAUAAAAAAGUUAUGAACAGACGAGAUGUAAAACAACAACUAGAUGAUUUAGAAGACCAUAGACCAUUUUUCACUUAUUGGGUAACAGUGGUUCAAAUUUUGGUGCUAUUUCUUUCAAUAUUUUCUUAUGGAUUGGGUUCUUUUGGAAUUGGCCUUAGUCAUCAGUCUGGAGCUGUUAUGGUAACUAGUUUGUCUGUACAAAUAAUUGAAUACAUAGAGCCAUCUAAUUUUUGGAUUGGUCCUAGAGCUGCUGAUUUAAUACACUUAGGUGCUAAAUUUGCACCUUGUAUGAGGAAAGACAAAAAUAUAACAGAUGAAAUAGAAAAAUGGCGUAAAAAAGAGAGAGAAACUGCGUGUUGUAUAAGAAAUGACGAUUCAGGUUGUAUUCAAGCAUCAAAAGAACAAUGCACAUUUCUUAUACCAUCUCAUAAACGAUUAAUGGAUUGGAGUACUGGUGGUGUUAGAGGUGUUGGAAUUGAUGAUAAACCUCCAUCGACAUCAAUAUCUAAGUGGAAAAAAUGGUCUGAAAUUGAAGCUGGGCCUGGUGGAAGAAUAUCAGGUUCUGUAUGUGGAUUAGAUCCUAAGUAUUGCGAAGCUCCAGCAUCUGUUGCGCCUUAUGAAUGGCCAGAUGAUAUUACUAAAUGGCCAAUAUGUCGUAAAAUGAGUGGUCGUGGUAGUGCUAGACAUAGUUGGGGAAGUUCUGUUAUAAGUCAAAAACUCACAUCUGCUGAGCAUAUGAUAUGUGAGGUUAUAGGUCAUCCAUGUUGUAUUGGUAUUCAUGGCACGUGUCAUAUAACUACAAGAGAAUAUUGUGAUUUUGUUCACGGUUAUUUUCAUGAUGAUGCCUCUCUUUGUUCUCAAGUGUCAUGCUUAAAUGAUGUCUGUGGACUUAUUCCAUUUUUUUCCCCAGAAAUUCCUGAUCAAUUUUAUAGAUUAUGGAUAUCCCUUUUCAUACAUGCUGGAAUUUUACAUUUGGCAACAACUAUUGUCAUUCAAUAUUUUUUAAUGAGGGAUUUAGAAAAAUUGACUGGCUCUUUAAGGAUAGCAUUAAUAUACUUAGGUUCUGGAGUUGCUGGUAAUCUAGGUAGUGCAAUAUUUGUUCCAUAUAGAGCUGAUGUGGGUCCAGCUGGUUCACAGUUUGGUCUUUUAGCAUGUCUUAUUGUAGAAGUUAUUAACUGUUGGCCUAUGUUAAAAAGGCCCGAGCAGGCUCUUUCAAAACUAUUAGCUAUCACAUUCUUACUUUUCCUGCUCGGGCUGUUACCUUGGGUAGACAAUUUUGCCCAUUUAUUUGGAUUUAUAUUUGGAUUCCUCCUGUCAUAUGCAUUACUGCCAUUUGUUUCAUUUGGUCCAUAUGAUCGACAAAAGAAAAUUUUUCUUAUUUGGGUGUGUUUAUUAUCAGCAUUGUUUUUAUUCAUUUUACUUUUGUUAUUGUUCUAUCUUAUACCAAUGUAUGAAUGUGGAUGGUGUAGUUACUUUAACUGUAUACCUAUUACUAAAGACUUUUGUGCGAAUCAAAAUAUUAACUUUAAAAAAGAUGAUUAUAUGGUAUGACAAAUGUGGUGGCGACGGUAUAAGACCGCGCAUACAUUAGUGACUAAAAAUGUGACUAAUAAAAGGUUUGUGACUUUAGCAACCUCUUGUGGAAUACUUGAGGUAAUUAAUAAAUUUUUUGUUUUAUAUUAUUUGCAAAAUAAAUAAGUUUCAAAAAAAAACUUUUUAUGUUUAGAAUACAUGAUUUUGAAAUAUAA